AUGAGACAGUUUGAAGAAUUGUGUGAAGGAUGCAUCGCCACUGUAGUCUCUCGUACAACUCCCGUUGACGCCUGCAGACUCUCCCUCGUUUCCAAUACUUUCCGUUCUGCUGCAGAAUCCGACGCUGUCUGGAAUCAAUUUCUUCCUUCCGAUUCUCAAUUCAUGGACUCUAUCAUCUCUAAUUCUCCUUCACUUGCCAACGUUCCUUCCAAAAAGUCUCUCUACUUAGCUCUAUCUGAUCGCCCUAUCAUCAUCGACAAUGGUUUAAAGAGCUUUCAAUUGGAUAGAAAGAGUGGAAAAAUAUGUUACAUGCUAGCAGCUAGAUCUUUAUCCAUUGCUUGGGUCGAUGAUGAGCGCUAUUGGAAGUGGAUCCCUAUGCAUAACUCCAGGUUCUCCCAAGUCGCAAAGCUUCACAUUGUGUGUUGGUUUGAUAUUCAUGGGAUGAUAAGCAUGCGUGACUUGUCCCCAAAUACUCAAUAUGCGGCUUAUCUUGUGUUCAAGUUGAUUAAUGCCUCAGGGUUUCGGAAUCCGGAUUCUCCUGUGGAAAUAUCAGUAGGCGUCGAAGGUGGCCAUAGGAGUACUAAAACUGUCUAUUUGGAUCCGAAUGUGGAAGAUAGGUCUCACAGCGGAGAAGUAGGAUUGCGACAACCUAGUGUGAGAAAUGAUGGGUGGUUAGAGAUUGAGAUUGGAGAGUUUUUCAAUUCAGGCCUAGAAGAUGAAGAAGUCCAGAUGAAUGUUAAAGAGACAAAUGAUUAUACUUCGAAGAUGGGUCUGUUUGUUGAAGGAAUAGAAGUUAGGCCUAAGUAA